GACCCAGACUACCCAGAGGCAUGCGUGUAGAGGAUGGGAGAAGAGGGGGAGUAGGAAUGACCUGGGGAGAGGCCGUGGCUCUGUGGGAGAGGGGGCAGGGAGAUAAAGGCCUGAUCUUUCUAGGCCUCUCUGCCCGGAGACCCCACGACCCCCAACCCUGCCCUUACCCACUGCAGGCCCUAGGCGCGCCAGGGCAACUGAGGCGAAGAGCCGCCGCCCCCUCCCGGAUCUGUCCACCAGACCCUCAGAUCCUAAGCCCCCGACCCCCUCUCCUUCUCCUGUGCCCCCAGAACUCAGUCCCCUCAGGCCUCCUAAAUCCUUUCAGGCCCUCCGAGUCCCUCUCUGGACCCCAUCUCCCCCUCCGACUCUCCUCUAUUCUCUCAGAGCCCCCAACUUGGGGUCCACCAUACGCCCCCACUCCCUCUUCCCAGUGGCGUUCUCAUAGGUCCCUAGUUCCCCCAGUCCGUCUCCCCCUCCCCUGGGACCCCCCAGGUCCCCUCCAGGACCUAGGUUCCAGCCCCCUUCCCCCCGGGCCCCAGCUCACCGCCCCCGCCCCCCGGGAACGAAGGCACUGGAGCCGGAGCCGGAGCCCGAGCCGGAGCCGGAGCCCGGGCCCAUGCCGCUGA